AGAGCGUUGCUGGCAGCGGAUAGAAGGACCAAACCAGGCGCGGUUCGCAUUCUCCGUCAGAGCCCCGCCAGCGAAGGACAGUACAGCUAUCUACCCAGCAAACGACUUCAUGUAUGUUCUAGGGCAUUUAUUUGACUGAAAUAUACAUAGGACGACCUACACCCCUCGGCUUACUGUUAUUUUCAUUUAACUGUCAUCCAUGAGAUUCUUCAGGCUUACCUUCAAGUGCUUCGUCGACUGCUUUUGAAUUUCCCCUCCUCAACGUCUGACUGCGACGCUUUGUAAAUAUUCAAUUUCAUAGGGUUUCGAACUCGCUGUCUUAAAACACACUUUGGGAUUUCAAGACCAGAAGACGGCAACAAAAGGACUGUACUUGCCCUUCUCUAUCUCAGACGCACUGAGUACUCUUGCUAUCUAGUUUAACGUUACCACUCCAACGUUAGCGAGUUAGCCACCACCAUUUGGUUUGACCAAUACAGCUACCUAGCCCGCAAUUUCUUGAUCUGAUAAAUCAUCAUUGUGGUGCUAGCUUGUCAAAUAUGUCUCCCGAAGUGGAAGACAACAGUCCAGGGGACAUCCUUCUCUCCCAGGACGAGGUCGGGAUUCCGGUAGAAGAGGAGAGCGGCGGGGUGGCUCGCCCCCUGGUGCCUGUUCCUGGGGCGGGGGAAGGGGGCGAAGAAGGAGGGGGUGGCCCUUCCCAGGCCCUCAGCCAGGCCACAGCAGUGCCUGUGGUGGAGAGAGAGACCUGGACCAGACAGAUGGACUUCAUCAUGUCCUGCGUGGGCUUUGCCGUUGGGCUGGGCAACGUGUGGCGCUUCCCUUACCUCUGCUACAAGAAUGGAGGAGGCGUGUUCCUGAUCCCCUACAUGUUGAUUGUGUUCAUCGGAGGUAUUCCUGUCUUCUUCCUGGAGAUCGCCCUGGGACAGUUUAUGAAGCAGGGAGGGGUCUCUGCCUGGAACAUCGCCCCCCUCUUUAAAGGUCUGGGCCUAGCCUCAAUGGUUAUUGUGUUCUUCUGUAACACGUACUACAUCAUGAUCCUGGUGUGGGGUCUCUACUUCCUCCUCCACUCCUUCGCCGACCCGUUACCCUGGGCAACCUGUGGACAUGCCUGGAACACCCCCAACUGCACGCUGGACUUCCGCCGCGCGUGCCACAACCACAGCGCCUCGCCCGCCGCUGCUGUCUCCUCCACUGCUGACCCCUCCAUCCCCGCCUCGCUCCUCUCCUCCUCCUCCUCCCAGCCCAAACCUUCCGUAGCCGUGCUCAUGUUCAACGGCAGCUGCGUGGAGCCGGAGGGCAUGCGAUCUCCAGUCAUCGAGUUCUGGGAGCGCAAGGUGCUGCGUCUGUCUGGUGGCCUGGACGAGCCGGGAGACAUCAGCUACCAGAUGGUGCUGUGUCUCAUAGCCACCUGGGUCAUUGUCUACUUCUGCAUAUGGAAGGGCGUCAAGUCUACAGGCAAGGUGGUGUACUUCACGGCCCUGUUCCCCUACCUGGUGCUGGUGGUGCUGCUGGCCCACGGUGUCACUCUGCCCGGGGCUCUGGACGGCAUCGUGUACUACCUGAAACCCAACUGGUCCAAACUGUGGGAGGCUCAGGUGUGGAUCGAUGCAGGAACUCAGAUCUUCUUCUCUUAUGCCAUCGGACUGGGGGCUCUGACCGCACUGGGCAGCUACAACCGCUUCCACAACAACUGCUACCAGGAUGCAUUUGUGCUGGCCUUCAUCAACAGUGGAACCAGCUUCUUUGCAGGCUUCGUGGUGUUCUCAGUGCUGGGCUUCAUGGCAGCAGAGCAGGGGGUGGACAUCAGUAAGGUAGCUGAGAGUGGUCCGGGCCUGGCCUUCAUAGCUUACCCUAAGGCUGUGACUCUGAUGCCUCUCGCUCCACUCUGGGCAGCACUGUUCUUCUUCAUGCUGCUGGUGCUGGGCCUAGACAGCCAGUUUGUUGGCGUGGAGGGCUUGAUAACAGGGAUUAUGGACAUGCUGCCACCCAGAUCUAAACUGGGCGCUCUGCGCCGCGAAGUCGUCGUGGCGAUAUGUUGCACUACCUGCUUCUUCAUUGACCUCUCCAUGGUAACGGAGGGAGGGAUGUAUGUGUUCCAGCUGUUUGACUACUACUCUGCCAGUGGGAUCACUCUCCUAUGGCAGGCCUUCUGGGAGUGCGUGGUGGUGGCCUGGGUCUAUGGUGCUGAUCGUUUCAUGGACGACGUGGCCCGAAUGAUUGGAUAUCGGCCCCUGCCCUACAUGAAACUGUGCUGGUCCUACAUCACUCCCCUCGUGUGUGUGGGAGUGUUCCUGUUCCAUGUGGUGAACUACAAGCCCCUGACCUACAACUCGGUGUAUGUGUACCCCUGGUGGGGAGAGGCGCUGGGCUGGCUGCUGGCCCUGUCCUCCAUGCUCUGCAUCCCCGUCACCGUCCUCUUCAAGCUGCUGCGCUGCCCAGGCACCCUCCGAGAGCGUUGGCAGCACCUGACUACCCCUGUGUGGGGCCGACACCAUCUGGAGUACCUGUCUCCCGAAUCUGAAGCCAAGUUGUUGCCCCCUGCUGGACAGAGCAAGAACACCAUGGCUUUUGAGAGCGUCAUAUGAUCUCACUCCCCCCCCCCCCCCAAGCAUCACGAACACACAGCUGAAUCCCAAACACACGCAUACACACACAACUGUUCAAAAGUUUGGGGCCACUUUGAAAAUGUCCUUGUUUUCCAUGAAAACACAAAAUAACAUGACUUUGAAUUCAGAAUCCAGCUAUUGGAAUGCGAAACGUAGUCAUUGACGAGGUUAGUAAUAAUGAUUUUUGGAAAUUGAAAUAAUAAUUGUGUCCUUCGAACUUUGCUUUCAAAGAAUCUGCAGCCAUUACAGUCUUGCAGACCUUUGGCACUCGACCUGUCCUUUGUGAGAGAAUUCACCCCAUGCUUCCUGAAGCACCUCCCACAAGAAGGAUUGGUUUGAUUGGCUUACGUAACAUGCAAGGAGUCAAGCUGCUCCCACAACAGCAACAGGGUUGAGAUCCUGUGACUCUGCUGGCCACUCCAUUACAGACAAAACCAGCGGACUUUUUCUUCUCGAAAUCGUUCUUGUAUUGUCUGAACCUUCGGGUCUUUGGCCUGUUGUAGGGGGAGAAAGUGGCUCCAAUCAGAUGCUGUCCACACAGCAUUGUAUGUUGGUGUUGCAGUGAUAGCUAUCAUUCCUCAAGAUCCCUUUCACUCUCCACUUCACCGCUAUCAGACCAUCACAUUGCCUCCAUGCUUGGACAGAUGGUGUCAAGCCCUCCAGUCCAUUUUCACUUGGUCUGCGGAUCACAAAUGCUCUUUGUGAAACGCCUCAAACUUCGAUUUGUCUCUCCAUAACACUUCUUCCGCAAUCUUCCUCUAUCUAGUGUCUGUCAUCUUUUGUCCAUCUUAAUCUUUUCCUUGUUACUGGCCAGUCGGCAAUAUGGUUUUUUCUCUGCCUGGCAGGCCAGAACUCCAGAGUCUCCUCAUCGCUGUUGACAGUGAGAUCUACGGCUUCUUCGCAUGGAAUAACCUUCAUUUCAGAAUCACAAUGGACUGACGAGUUUCAGACGAGUUUCAGAAGAAAGCUCUUUGUUUCUGGUCAUUUGGAGCAAAAUCAAUUUCACUCAGAUCCACAAUUGCGGAUGCUCCAGAUGUUCAACUGGUAUGAAGGCCAGAUGUAUUUCUUCUUUAAUCAGCGCAGCCGUUUUCUGUUUGGUUUUUGGAGGGUUUUCUACUGAUUAAUUAACCUAUUAAAAGGAACUUGGACGAGCCAACUCCAUGUGCCAGAUUGGAAUACAGGCCUCUGUAUGUGUUAAUAUGUAGAUAUCCCUUCAAAUGAGCAGUUUCAAGCUACAAUUAAUAACACUAACAACAUACACAUUGUAUUUCCGAUCAAUUUGCUAUUUUCAAGGACAGAAAAUGUGCAUUUCCUUUGAAAACAAGGAUAUUUCCAUGUGACCCCUAACGUUUUGAAGUGUAACAUUGGCUUGGCUUGACCAAGGAGGUGAUGGGAGCAGUUGAAGGAGGAAAUGAAAGUCACACACACGCACAUGUACACAGACACGCAGACAGACAAGCCCCUGACCUCUGGACUGGAGAUGGGGACAAGAGCCUCAGACCUACUGUCAGUAUCAGCUUACGUCCCCCCUGCUUUCUCUUUCAACUCUACCUCUCGCUUCUCUGGCCUUGGCUAUCCUUUCUGUGUCAGCACGCUCUGUCUUGUCUUGUGAAUGUGAUGUGGUGUGGAGUAUGGCUGCAAUUGUCUUGUCCUCUGAUCUUCUUCUGUGUCUCUCUGACCAAACUUGACUGCAUCUGUUCCAAGCCAGCAACCUCCUGAUGCUGAAUGAGCGUAACUGAUCAGACCGUGAUAAACACUGAAUUCAUCUGAAUGACGGGCAGUCUUUACUGUCGAGUGUGUGUGCGUGCGUGCGUGCGUGGGGACAUGCAUGUGUUGCGGAUGUGUGUGUGAGUGUGCAGGUGUGAGCGUAGUUGUAGUGCGCGUGUGUUGUGAGCCAGGAAGAGAUCCUACUGUAUUGUGUUCCGUGUCUCAACAUGGACUGUCCUUCAUUGCAUUGUACAAAGCCAACUGAACUUCCAUCGAAUGCAACAACAAAAAAACGACCGCUCCACCACUUCCAGAUGUAUUUGAAGUAACCUAAGUGUCCUGUUGAUGUCGUUGAGCCUGUAAAUCAGUGUUAAUAUUGGGCGGAUGACGAGUUGAUUCAGAGGGAGAGGGAUCUAGUGGUGGAGGGCAACAGAAGGAGAAGACGAUCUGAUCUCGGAGGGAUCAUUGGUACCAAGGAGUGAAGCAAUAAAAGACCAUGGGACAUUGGUACAUAUCAAGUUUUUUUAUUUGACUCAAACCCCACCGAUUUAACUCCCAAUCCACAGAAUAUAUUGAAAGACAGUCGACUUACAUAACUCAUUCAGCGGUGAAUGCGCAUACAGUGACGCAUGUUUGUAACAACAGAUAACUGACUAGAUAAUAGGGGUGGGGGAAAAAAUCGAAUGAUCAAAUCGAUAUUUCGCAUUUGAAUCAAGAUUGAGUCUUCCAGCGAUUCCUAUCGAUUCACAAAUGUCAAAAAUGUGCAGUUUACGAAACUGCAAGAAAAAUAAUACAUUUCAAGGUUUUGAUGCAUUGGGAUUUUUUUUCUUCAACAGGUAACUGCCUAUCACAGUCAGAUAGAAACAAGUAACACUAAACAGCAAACUGGAAUCAAAUGUAAGAAUAUAUUGAAGUGAAAUUUGAUUAAAAAAUAGUGAAUCAAAAAAAUCAUGAAAUCAAAAAAAAAAUCGAAUCGUGACCCCAAGAAUCGAUUUGAAUCGAAUUGUGAGGUACCAAAGGAUUCCCACCCCUAUUAGAUAACUAAACAUAUUGUUAUGCUCAAGAGAAUUAUUGGAAAGUAAUCUUCAUGGGAAACUGACUAGGUCGUCUAUAGAAAAUAUGUUAAUUUGUUCUUUACAUAAAGAUUAAAAUGCAUCUGUCAAAAGGUUGUUACACACAAAAAUAAAUCUUCAUCAAUAGGCUGAAUAACAAUGAAAAACAUCUUUUGCAAAUGCCUUCCAUAAACAGUCCCAGUUUUGUCCUCACAGUCAACCUCUCACUCCCGCUCUACACUUCCUCUCUGGCUUUAAAUACAGAUUUCUAGUCGUCUAGUGCUACAUUGUCCCUUGCUAUAAAUACUGAUUUCUAGUCGUCUAGUGCUACAUUCUCCCUGGCUAUAAAUACUGAUUUCUAGUCGUCUAGUGCUACAUUGUCCCUUGCUAUAAAUACAGAUUUCUAGUCGUCUAGUGCUACAUUCUCUCUUGUGCUUCCCCUCCCUCCCUCUCUCUCUAUUUCACACAUACACAGGAGGAGGACUGCAGAUACUUUUGUAAUACCUCAUUAUUACCUCAUCAUAAAAAGACAGUUUCUAAAGCAAUCUGUUUAUCUCUAUGGCAACUGACCACAGUGUCAUAGUGGUGCAUGUUCCUUACAAGAGGGGGGGGGGGGGGGGGGGGGGGG